CUUCCCCUCGGGAUCGAUCCUGAUGGCCCUUCCAGCCUCGCACUCUCAGGCUGGCUGAACCCGGAGCAUGGACUCUGUGGGCACCCAGGUGCCCCUGCCUCUCCCCAGCCUUCUCCCACAUCAUGGAGACCUGGCCCUCCCCUCAGAGCCAGGCUUAGCCCAGUGUGUUGCCCAGCCUGUCAGUGGCCUGGCCAAGGAGGAGAGACAGGCCAGGGAUUCUGGUCCUAACUCUACUGGCCACACUGUGUGGCCUGAGAUCCCCCGUUUCCCUCCCAAGGCCCUGCCUCCGCAUCUGUGUGGUGAAGGCCAUUGGCCUUCAUCGGUGGAUCUGCGUUUCCUCAGGCCUACACUGUCUAGGAUUGUGCAGGGCUGGUGAGAGAACGGGGUCUCUUCCCUGCUCAAGGCAGACUUCCUGCCCCCUGCACCCUGCUGUCUCCCAGGCCUUGGGGUCAGUGUGAGCCCCAAGGGCAAGGACACUUCUGGAAGGGAGAGUGGAUUUGGCUGGGCCAUCUGGCUGGAAGGUAAAAAAAGAAAAUCUCUUGAAAGGAGAUUGAGGGAAGUUUCUAGACAAACUGACCCCCAAAUCUGUGUUGCUGGCAGAACAGAGGAGAAGAGAAAGUCUCACCGCCCUCCUGGCUUUCUAGAAGGAAAGUGAGAACAUGUGUUUGUGCUGAGAGUGGGUCAGAGCGGCUCCAGGGCAAAGCAUGUGGACAGGUUUGGUCUUCUCUCGUCUGAGCCCUGAGUACUAUGAAGUGGCAACAGCCCACCUGUGUGACAAGGAGCAAUCCUGCCCGUGCCUGGCCCAGGAGGGCCCCCAGGGUGACCUGUUGAUCAAAAUGCAGGAGCUGGGCUUCGACUGCAAGAUCUGUCUGAGGAUAAUCCAGACACUGAAGGCUAUGGUGAAUGAGCCCACCCAGAGAAGCAUUUCCAAUGCUGAGGCCCGUGUGUGUAGGAUGGUGAAGUCACAAUGGCGCGACGUCUGCAAAAAUUUCAUGAGGAGGUAUCAGCCUAGAGUUACCCAGGGCCUCCUGGCCGGAGAAACUGCCCAGAAGAUCUGUGUGGACCUCAGGUUGUGUGAACCUUCUAUGGGUUCCCUCUGAGCCCUCUCACCCUGUCCUGUGGAAGAAGCACAGGCUCCUGUCCUCAGAUCCCGGGAACCUCAGCAACCUCUGCCGGCUCCUCGCUUCCUCGGUCCAGAAUCCACUCUCCAGUCUCCCUUCCCCGACUCCCUCUGCUGCGCUCCCCUCUCAGGAGAAUAAAGUGUCAAGCAAGAUUUUAGCCGCAGCUUCUUCUCCUUUGGUGGAUUUGAGGGCUGGGUGUCAGUGGCAUGCUGGGGUGAGCUGUGUAGUCCUUCAAUAAAUGUCUGUCGUGUGUCCCAUA